AUGGACUCUAUUAAUGGCCAAUCAGGAGGUGUCUUUUUCGUAUACGGAUAUGGAGGCACGAGUAAAGCAUACAUUUGGAGGACAUUGUGUGCUGCAAUUAGGAAGAUGGGUGAAAUUGUUUUGCCGGUGGCAUCAAUUGGAAUUGCGUCCCUACUUCUUCCAAAAGGUGGAGGGCCCAAUGAUGGAGAAGUGGAUAUUGAAAUCACUGAAGAUAUUCUUAUAGACAGUGGAGAUGACACCAUAUCAUCAAUUAUCAACAGCACAUACCCUUCACUCACUAAUCACCUUUGGGAAGCCAAAUACUUCCAAGAAAGAGCAAUUCUAGCUCCAACUAAUGAAAUAGUUGAGAAGGUAGAUGAUCAUGUGUUGUCCAUAAUUCCAGGUGAUGAGAAAAUUUACUUGAGUUGUGAUGCAAUUAGUAAAGAUGAAGGGAACUUAGGGGCUCAUAAAAUAUAUUCUAUUGAGUUCCUAAACACAAUAAAGUGUCCGGGCAUGCCAAAUCAUAGUAUUAAGUUAAAAGUUGGUGCGCUGGUCAUGUUGCUUCGUAAGAUUGAUCAGACAUCUGGAUUGUGUAAUGGCACGAGGCUGGUAUUCAAGCAUUUAGGCAAUCGAGUGAUUGAAGCUACUGUCAUUUCAGGGAGUAAUGUUGGUGACAAGGUAUUCAUCCCACGAAUGACACUAACACCGUCUGACUCAAUAAAAUUUCCUAUUAGAUUUCAAAGACGACAAUUUUCUUUAACUUUGUGUUUUGCCAUGACUAUAAACAAAAGUCAAGGACAAUCAUUGUCGCACGUCGGGUUGUAUUUACCAAGGCCUAUUUUCAGUCAUGGUCAGCUAUAUGUUGCUAUUUUCCAAGUCACGAGCAAAAAAGGAAUUAUAAUUCUUAUUUGUGAUAAAGAGAAUAAUAUGUGCAAAACAACUACAAAUGUUGUUUAUAAGGAAGUGUUCCAAAAUGUAUAA